ACCACCGUUCAUAGACGAAAUUUAGGACGCAAAAUCCAAGGGGGCGGAGGUCAACGUCAAACACCAAGAUAUCUUCCACACCAAAAAUGGCGAAAAAGGGCAAGAACACGAGCAGCGCCCCGGCGCCGACUCCGGCUCCAGCAGUUGGCAAGUCCAACAACAAGAAGGAUGCCAAGAAGCCACCAGCCGAAGGCGACUUCAUCGUCUUCACCAACUCGGAUAAAGACCGCAAGGGACGACGAGGAGGCGGCGGCGGCGGCGGACCCUCCAAUCCCGGCAACAACAGCAGCAGCAGCAGCAAUACCGCCAACGCCCCGGAUGGCGGCAACGCAGACGGACCCCCCCGGCCAACGGCGCGGCAACUGAUCGGCGGGGCCUCCUGGACGGGGAAGCUUCCCGUUAACCUGCUGUCAGAGCACUGCCAGCGGCAGAAGUGGGAAAAGCCGGACUACCACACGAUCAAGACCAAGGAAGGCUUCUCGGUGCUGGUCAGCCUGGCGGCCAAGAACCCCAAGACCAACGAGGUCACCAAGCUGCCGCCCUUCAAGCUGCCGCCCUCGCACGUGCACCUGGCGUUCAAGCCGACGGCGCUCGAGGCGAAGCAUUUCGCGGCCACGUACGCGCUGUACCGCGUGUGCAGCAUGAAGAACCUGCACCUGACCCUGCCGCCGGACUACAAGGCGCUGUGGAAGGACUUCGAGGCGCUGAAGAAGGCCGACGUCAAGGAAGGGCGCGCGUGGAUGUACGAGGCCGAUCCGUUCCAGGCGGCGCGCGAGCGCGACGAGGCGAAGGCCGCGGCCGAGAAGAAACGCGCGGCUGCGCAGGCCCAGGCGCAGAAGGCUGCUGCCGACGGGGCGGGGCAGCCGGGGCCGGCUUUCAGGGGAGGAGGAGGAGGAGGGAAUGUGAUGAGGGGAUGGGCGACGGUGCCCAAGAUUGAGAUGGGCAAUAAGACGCGGUCGCAGCUCGAGGACCUGCUGCGGCGCGAGACGCUGUGGAACCCCCACGGCGUGGUCAUGACGCCGGCGCAGAAGGGGGCUGUCGUGCGCGAGUUCAAGGAGCUCGGCUUCCGGCAGAGCCACGUCGAAGAGGCGGUCGAGGAGUGCAAGGACCGCGAGGAGACGCUGGAGUGGCUGCUGGUGCACAUCCCCGAGGACGAUCUGCCGAGGUGGGCCCUGCCGGAGCGGUACAGCGCCGGAGUGACCGUGGCGGCCACCGAUCUGCGGAGGGAGGGCGUGAUUCAGCGUCUGUCGCAGUCGGGCUACUCGGUCGAUCUCUGCCGCAGGAUCCUCGACGCAAACGGCGGCGACGAGGGCAGGGCCGCUGAGGCGCUGCAAGGGCUGCUGCUGUCCAGCGGAUCAGGUGGCCGAGAUGUGCCUCAGGAAGAGGAGGUCGAGUCGUGGAGGAGUCCGGACGAGUCUUGGGACGAUGAGAUGGCCACGCUCGAGGCGAGCUUUGGAGACAAGUUCUCGCGCACGUCCGCCGAAGUGUGCCAGAUACAGCUCGAGUCGGUGGCGAACGGGCGCAAUACCGAUGUCGAGACGUACCUGCAGUUCAGAAAGUCGCCGCAGUAUCCCUCGCAGGUCAUCUUGUCCAUCUUGGCGCCGCUGCCGGCGUACAUCAAGCUGAGCGUCAUCAAGAAGGCGCUCGCUUAUGCCAGCGAGUCCCUGCAGGGAGAGGAGAUGAAGAUUUACUUCCUCGUCAGCUGGGUGCAGGAGAACAUCAAUGAGAUCAUCGAGAAGCCAGGCGCUCUCCGGGAUGUGGCUGCCGUGUCCUCAGCCGCGUCCGAAGAGCCGGCCGCUGUUGUUAUCAGGCGGGCACGGAGACGGCCCCGAUACCCAAAGCCAAUCAACUGGACGCCGAAUCCCCAGAGCAGACAAGAGUGGUUGGCACGGACGGAGGCGCCAGGCUACAAGAAGAUGCUUUCCCAGCGGGAGCGGCUGCCGGCGUGGCAGGUCAGAGCCGAUGUGGUCCAGACUGUGAUGGAAAACCAGGUCACCAUCAUCUCCGGAGAGACCGGUUCCGGCAAGUCUACGCAGUCCGUCCAGUUCAUCCUGGACGACCUGUACAGCAGAGGGCUCGGCAACGGGGCGAACAUCGUCGUGACGCAGCCGCGCCGAAUCUCGGCCCUCGGCCUUGCCGACCGUGUCGCCGAGGAGCGGUGCACGCAAGUCGGCCAAGAAGUGGGCUUCUCUAUCCGUGGCGAGACUAAGACGGGGCCGGACACCAAGAUCACCUUCGUGACCACUGGCGUUCUGCUCCGACGCCUCCAGACGUCCGGCGGCCGAGUGGAGGACGUGGUGGCUUCGCUGGCCGAUGUCAGCCAUGUUGUGAUCGACGAGGUCCACGAGCGCAGCUUGGAUACCGACUUCCUGUUGAGCAUCGUCCGCGAUGUGCUCUACAAGCGGCGCGAUCUGAAGCUCGUCUUGAUGAGUGCCACCCUUGACGCUGCGUCGUUCCGGGACUACUUCAUGGCGGACGGACAGGACGUCACGGUUGGCAUGGUCGAGAUCUCGGGCCGCACCUAUCCGGUGCAGGACUACUACCUGGAUGAUGUGAUCCGUAUGACGGGCUUCAGCGUCGGGAACAGGAAUGACAACGAUUACUACGACGACGGGUUUGGCACCCCUUCCGGCGAGCAGCAGACGGACCCCGUCAACAAGAUCAUCCAGAAGCUUGGCACGCGUAUUAACUAUGACCUGCUCGUGGAGACGGUCAAGGGCAUCGACGAAGACCUGUCGUCGAUGCAGAAAGCCGGCGGCAUCCUGAUCUUCCUGCCCGGCGUGGCCGAGAUCAGCCGCGCCUGCAACGCGCUGCGGUCAGCCCCCUCGCUCUACGUGCUCCCUCUUCACGCGUCUCUGGAGACCCGAGAGCAGAAGAAAGUCUUCUUCCCGCCGCCGCCCGGGAGGAGGAAGGUUGUUGUGGCCACCAACGUGGCCGAGACGUCCAUCACCAUCGACGACAUUGUCGCCGUCGUCGACAGCGGGCGCGUCAAGGAGACCUCCUUCGACCCGGCCAACAACAUGCGCAAGCUCGAGGAGACAUGGGCGUCGCGGGCGGCGUGCAAGCAGCGGCGCGGGCGUGCGGGCCGUGUGCAGGCCGGCAAGUGCUACAAGCUCUACACGCGCAACCUUGAAUCCCAGAUGGCCGAGCGGCCCGAGCCCGAGAUCCGGCGGGUGCCGCUCGAGCAGCUCUGUCUCGCCGUGCGCGCCAUGGGCAUCCGCGACAUCGGCCACUUCCUCUCGCGUGCGCCGACGCCGCCCGAAGCCACGGCGGUCGAGGGCGCCAUCGGCAUGCUGCGCCGCAUGGGCGCGCUCGACGGCGACGAGCUGACCGCGCUGGGCCAGCAGCUGGCCAUGAUCCCCGCCGACCUGCGCUGCGGCAAGCUGAUGGUCUACGGCGCCAUCUUCGGCUGCCUCGACGACUGCGUCACCAUCGCCGCCGUCCUGAGCACCCGCAGCCCCUUCCUGUCGCCGCCCGACAAGCGCGAUGACGCCAAGCAGGCCAAGAUGCGCUUCGCCCGCGGCGACGGCGACCUCCUCACCGAUCUGCGCGCCUAUCAGGAGUGGGACGCCCUGGUGGUCGACCGCUCCGUCCCGCAGCGCCGCGUCCGCCAGUGGUGCGACGAGAACUUUCUGUCCUUCCCGACCCUCUCCGACAUCGCCUCCACGCGAUCGCAGUACUACACCUCCCUUUCCGAAAUGGGCAUCAUCCCUCCAUCAUCAUCGCCCUCAUCAUCGUCAGUUCCAACAACAACAACUUCUUCUUCCACCCCGCUGCUCCGCGCCCUCACCGCCUCGGCCUUCUCCCCGCAGAUCUGCCGCAUCCAGUUCCCCGACAAGAAGUUCGCCACCUCGGUCUCGGGCGCCGUCGAGCUCGACCCGGAGGCCAAGACCAUCAAGUACUUUUCCGAAGACCACGGCCGCGUCUUCAUCCACCCGUCCAGCACCCUGUUCGACAGCCAGGGGUUCUCGGGCAAUGCCAGUUUCCUGAGCUAUUUCACCAUGAUGAGCACCAGCAAGGUGUUUAUUCGGGAUUUGACGCCAUUCAACGCCUACACCCUCCUCCUCUUCGCCGGCUCGGGCAUCACCCUCGACACCCAGGGCCGCGGCCUGCUCGUGGACGGCUGGCUGCGCUUGCGCGGCUGGGCCCGCAUCGGCGUGCUGGUCUCGCGUCUCAGGGGGGUCAUUGAUCGGCUGAUUGAGCGGCGGGUGGAAGGCAGCACAUCAUCAUCAGCAGCAGGAGCAGCAGGAGGUGCGAGUGAGAGCGAGAUCAUCAGGCUCGUGACGCGGCUCAUUGAGCUGGAUGGGCUUGACGCUUGAUGUGGGGUCGGUCUUAAUGCAUAUAUAUGCGCGUGUAGUAUGGUAUAGAAGAGAAGAAGGAUGGUGAGCAUGACGGUAGAAAUGACUAUGGUAGAUUAUAGUGUGGUACGUGGUGGUGGUGGUGUGAGGAAAAGCCAUCGGAAUCUAGAUGCAUGCGUACAUGGGAUACCGUA